AUGGUUUCUCUACCAGCUGGCCUGUUGGUCUCCAGCUUUGCACCUGUGAUCUCGGCACUUAGCCAUCAACUUGUGGUCGGGACAUUUGGAACACCUUACCUUUACACCCUUACCUUCGAAGAUGCCGCCAAGACACUCACCUUGAGCGCAAACACAUCGGUUAACGCCAGCAGCUCGUGGAUUUCUCUGAGCUACGACAAGAAAAAUCUUUACGGCAACGUAUUCCAGGACGGAAGUACCGACUACGUCAGCUAUCCCAUUGGGGAUGACCUGUCUAUCGGAACUGGAACCACAGUCUCCUCUCAGGGAGACUGCAACGAGCGGUCGAUAUUUGUCACGCCUAGCACCGUUUCUCCGUAUGCAGUGUAUGGGUCGCCGUUUGGUGCCUGUGGUACAGUCAUGUCGGUGACGUCGGACGGUGUUCUAUCUGAGUCGAUCCAAGAAUACAACUACUCUUCGACAUCCGGGGUCCAUGGUAUGGCGUUCAACCCGGCAGGGACACUUCUAUACUCUUUCGACGACUCAGCCAACGCUAUUUGGGUGCACUCGAUCGAUAAUUCUACCGGGGAGUUGACGUAUGUUGCUGAGGUGAGCGCACCAACUGAGGGAGCGGAUCCCAGACACGGCGCAGUGCAUCCCACCGGCAACUAUCUCUAUGCGGUGCACGAAGGGACGAAUGAAGUCGGCGUCUACUCUAUUUAUCAGAGCACCGGCAUUCCAAGUUACGCCAACGCAUCCUUCCCGCUGAUUCCAGAUGGGUACAACAGCUCCGACUACUGGUCCGACGAAGUUGCCAUCGCAUACGGCGACAAGUACCUCUGGGCAACUUCGAGAGCUCGUGAUGCCAACAACACCGGCUACAUCUCUAUCAUGACCCUGAACGAUGACGGCUCUGUUGAGAAGCAGAACUUCUUGUCCCCAACCACAACGAGCGGAGGGUCUGCCAACGCAAUCACGGCGAAUCUUUUCAGCGACAUGUACGUGGCGCUUACCGACAGCUCAACAGGAUUCGUGGAGAUUUGGGAGAUGGGCGAUGCCGGGGGUUCCGCUAGUGUUGUUGCACACUUAGACCUGAACGAUGGGGGCUGCUGCGGGAAUGCCGUUUGGUUGAACUAG